GCCGGGGGGUGCCCACAGCCAAGAUGGCGCCCCCGGGAGCCGGGAGCGGGUGAGCGGCGGCGGGGAAGCGGCCUGGGUCGGCCUCGGAUCGCGGGGUCGGGCGUGUGCGCUCGGCCCUGCCGCCGCCCAGGCCCGGCCGCGCCAUGGCCGCGGAGGGCAGCAGGCAGUUCUGGAAGAGGAGCGCCAAGCUGCCGGGGAGCAUCCAGCCUGUGUAUGGAGCACAGCAUCCUCCACUGGACCCUCGGCUCACUAAAAACUUCAUCAAAGAACGGUCAAAAGUCAAUGCAGUUCCUCUGAAGAGUAAGAAGGCCUCCAGUUUUCACGAAUUUGCCCGGAAUACCAGCGAUGCUUGGGACAUUGGUGAUGAUGAAGAAGAGGACUUUUCCUCCCCUUCUUUUCAAACUCUGAACUCAAAAGUUGCUUUGGCAGCUGCAGCCCAAGUUCUGGAAAACCACAGCAAGCUACGGGUGAAGCCAGAACGGUCCCAGUCCACAGCAUCGGACGUCCCCGCAGGCUACAAGGUCAUCAAAUCCAGCAGUGAUGCCCAGCUGUCGCGGAAUUCCAGUGACCCCUGCCUGAGGAACCCCCUCCACAAGCAGCAGUCCCUCCCGCUGCGGCCCAUCAUCCCCCUCGUGGCCCGCAUUUCCGACCAGAAUGCCUCGGGGGCACCUCCGAUGGCUGUGCGCGAGAAGACGCGGCUGGAGAAGUUCCGCCAGCUUCUCUCCAGUCACAACACGGACUUAGAUGAACUGAGGAAGUGUAGCUGGCCAGGAGUUCCCAGGGAGGUCCGGCCUGUGACCUGGAGGCUCCUGUCGGGCUACCUCCCGGCAAACACGGAGCGGAGGAAGCUGACGCUGCAGCGGAAGCGGGAGGAGUACUUUGGCUUCAUCGAGCAGUAUUACGACUCUCGGAAUGAGGAGCACCACCAGGACACCUACAGACAGAUCCACAUCGACAUUCCCAGGACAAACCCUCUCAUUCCAUUGUUCCAGCAGCCGCUUGUGCAGGAGAUCUUUGAAAGAAUCCUCUUUAUCUGGGCUAUCCGACACCCUGCCAGUGGCUAUGUCCAGGGAAUUAAUGACCUGGUCACUCCGUUCUUUGUCGUCUUCCUCUCAGAAUAUGUGGAGGAGGAUGUGGAGAACUUCGACGUGACCAACCUGUCUCAGGACGUGCUGCGGAGCAUCGAGGCUGACAGCUUCUGGUGCAUGAGCAAGCUCCUGGACGGGAUCCAGGAUAACUACACCUUCGCACAGCCGGGAAUCCAGAAGAAGGUCAAGGCCCUGGAGGAGCUUGUCGGCCGGAUCGAUGAGCAGGUACACAGUCACUUCAGGAGGUACGAGGUCGAGUACCUGCAGUUUGCCUUCCGGUGGAUGAACAAUCUGCUGAUGCGGGAGCUGCCUCUCCGCUGCACCAUCCGCCUAUGGGACACCUACCAGUCUGAGCCAGAGGGGUUCUCCCAGUUCCACCUCUACGUCUGCGCAGCCUUCCUGGUCAAGUGGAGGAAGGAGAUCCUGGAUGAGGAGGACUUCCAGGGCCUCCUCAUGCUGCUACAGAACCUCCCCACCAUCCACUGGGGCAACGAGGAGAUCGGCCUGCUGCUCGCUGAGGCCUACAGGCUCAAGUACAUGUUCGCCGACGCCCCGAACCACUACCGCCGAUAGGUGCUGCUCCCGCGGGCCCCGCCGCCCGCCUCCGCUGGCAGUCUCGUCACUGUGGCCCCCGAGUGUGGCCCCCUCUCUGCCGGGGCUCGGGCCACUGUCAGUAUUCUGUGCUGUGGGAUUGGGCCAGGACGGAGGAGGGGUACCGGGGCGUCUGCCCCUCUCAACAAAACUGGACAAUUCAAGGCAGGUGGCAGGAGGCUCAGGGUCCGACUCACGUCCCCACCCAUGUGGACUGGCUGUCCUUGCCCUGCUCUGCCCGACACGCUGUUCCGUGGGGCAUUUGUUUGAUUUGAUCACAGGUUAAAAACCGCCUUACUUUCCAAAACACCCCCCUCCCCCCGCUCCCCUCCUGCCUCGCUUCUGCCUUUUCCCUGCCGCCUGGUUUGAGCCAGGGCGGGUUUAGCCCUUAGACCGGGUCUGGCGGAGGCGCCCUGCAGAACACUCCACCCGGCACCAGGCGACACAUGAGAAGGCCCCAUGAGCUAGCCAACACACUCCCCCCAGAAGGACCAGGGCGGGGCGGGGCCUUUCCCUCUGCAGCCCCUGCUCCAGGAUGACCCACUCCAAGAUACUAGGUGUAAAUUGUGUUACUAUGUAUAUGGGUUGAUGUACGAGUGCGUGCCCUCUUUGUAGCAGAUUCGGUUUUAUAUUUAUAAUGUGCAUCCACACGUGAAAGCAAUCGAGGUUGCCUGGCCUGGCCCAUGGCCUCAGCCCCUCCAGGUUGGCCCCCGGGGUCCUUGUGAGUGGAGCAGAGCGGGCCCGGGGCCUCUGCCCUGCUCCUUCCCUCUCUGGGGCUCCCCGCCCGCACCCCCGGGGAGUCCCCAGAGGCAGAAGGCUUCUGCAUGUUAGCCUGCCCUUCGCCUGGACCCUGGGCAGGCCUUUCUUGUUUUCACAUGUUUGUCACGUUGUUUUCAGGACAGCAGCUGUCUGCGACUGACUUGGUGCCAAGCACUGGGGCUCGGGUCUCUCCUCCGAGCGAGGCAGCACCCUGCAUCCCCCACCCUUUGCGCCCCACACAGUCCAUGGAGCAUAGUUGUGGGGCCCACGUUCGUGGGGGGAGGCGCGGCCCCAGGGAAGCCAGCGCAGCACGUGACGUUUCUCGUUGGCAGCUGUUUCUCAGGCAUCCUUCCCGCCCCUCCUCUCCCCCCUCCCGUGUGCCUCAGAGCCUCCUCCACAGAGAGGGGGGCCGUGACCCUCCCUCGCCCGACAAAUUAAAGAAAGACACUUGUGUUCCCAAGUGGUGGUUUUAUUUUUUUAGUUUUUAUGUUUGUACGGGAAAUUGUGGAUAAAGUGAGAACUGUAAAUAAAUAGUGUUUCCUCCUCCA